GUUGAUCAUACAUAGUACAUACACAUAAUACCCAUCUAAUCCCAUCAACUAACUCUAUCUACCUCUUCGAUCUCUUCUAUUCGAUCUUCAUUCAUUCCUAAUAAUAAAGGAUCGAUGUCAUCAAAUAACGUUGUGCCCCCGCCGUCGCCGUGGACCAUAAAGGUGGAUGCUGUGGUGACACAAGUUAACCCAACCCCGAACGACUUCCCCACCAUCCAAGCAGCUCUAGACGCCGCCGCCUCCGCCCCCAGAGGCACCGGCACUCAAUUCGUGAUACACGUAACGGCCGGAAAGUACCAAGAGUACGUCACCGUCAAGUCCAACAACGUGACUAUCGUCGGAGACGGCAUAGGGAAAACCAUCAUCACCGGAAACCGGAGUGCUAAGGGCGGCUUCAAAACCUCUGACUCCGCAACCCUCAGUGUGGAGGGAGAAGGGUUCAUAGGCGCAGGUUUCACAGUGGAGAACACGGCGGGACCGGAGAACGAGCAGGCUGUGGCGGUCAUGACGAGCGCCGAUCACGCCGCCUUCCACAAAUGCAGCUUCGAGGGCUACCAGGACACCCUCUACGCCCACAAAGGCACCCAGUUCUACAGGGACUGCGACAUCUACGGCACCGUCGACUUCAUCUUCUCCCUCAGGGGCGCCGCCGUGCUCCAGAACUGCAGGAUUUACCCCCGAAUCCCCGGGGGGAACGGGAAGCCCAGCACCAUCACCGCCGACGGGAGGCCCGGGCCAAACGAUCCUUUCGGGAUAUGCAUCCACAACUGCGAGGUGUCGGCGUCCAAGGAGCUGGGCGACGCCUUGGCCGCGGGGGCGAAGAUCCAGACCUACUUGGGACGGCCGUGGUCCGACCACUCGCGCACCGUCUUCAUCACGACCAAGAUGGACCGCUUGGUGGAUGCCGCGGGGUGGCUCGCGUGGCCCGACCAGCCUAAGUGGAGGCCCACUACUCUCUACUACCGCGAGUAUAAAAACUGCGGUCUCGGCGCGGUCACCAAAGCUGAUACCCAGAACCGGGUCUCCUGGCCCGGCUUGCAUGUGACCGUCGCCGACGUUUCUCCGCCCCCCAAAGCUUGAUCCCGACGACGACGUUUCUCCGUUCACCGUGGCCGAAUUCAUCGACGGCAACUCCUGGCUGCCCAACACCGGUGUCCCCUUCUCUCCCGGCCUCGACGGUCAAUCCCCCUGCUCCCCGCCGACGCCCCCACCACGGCCAUCUGCUAUAUGAUCUCAUCUAAACCCCGCCAUAAGCAAUAAGCUAAAUAAUUUAGCGAGUACACU